AACCAAGAGACUUUGACAUAUACAUGGAGAUGUUUAAAGGAGACGUUGAAAUUUAUCGACAUGUACGCGUUGUUUUUACCGGCAGAGAGGGCGCUGGUAAAACAACGACGUGUCAACGUUUACAAAUGAAAGAUGUCGACCUCAACAUUCGCGAACCAACUGUGGGAGCUGUUUUACACCCUAAUUGGUUCUGCGUUGACGAGAAAUCUAAGGAAUGGAUACAAAACGAUGAUAAAUCAGCUAGCGAAAUAUUGGAAAUCCGUCUGGGCACAACGAUGAAGAAAGCACAAGCAAACCAAAAAGCUGGUUUGCAGAGAGGAUUCCGAGAGGGCGCAACAGAUUUAUCAAUGACGUCAUCACAAAAGUGUGACCUGUACGAAAAACAUUAUGAGGAAUGCACUGCAGUUCGAAAAGCUUCACAGCAUGUCAACAUGGAUGGGGUUCUUCUAUCUCUGUGGGAUAUGGGUGGACACUCGUCGUUUCAAUCUUCGCACAAUGUGUUCAUUUCGUCACAUGGCGUAUACCUGCUAGUCUUCAGACUGACAGAUUUUCUCAAAGACAAACUGGAAACUGACAGACUAAAGAAAUGGAUUCGAAUGAUCGGCACAUUUUCGUCAGUUGAAUUGAAUGCGCCGAAGCUAAAGGAACAUGAACCUCCACUGAUAUUUGUCGGAACCUUCCUUGAUGAAUUAAGGAAAAUCUCCACGGACUAUGACGGACAGGUACAAGCUAUACAGUCAAGCAUUUCCAAAUUUCCCGAACUUUCAUCACACAAGUUUGUCAGGUUCUGUACACUCGAUAACAGCCAAGGUACGGAACCAGCCCAGCUGCCAUUGCUUCAUGAUCCCAGGACAGAAGUCCAGAAUCCGCUUCCGCCAUCAACUUCCCGCAAUGAUGAUGCAACUCUGAAGCAAUUGCGAGGAAUUAUCAUAGAAUUAGCCGAACACCAGGAUCAAUGGGGCAGAAAACUUCCUACCAGAUGGUUAAAGCUCGAGAUGGAUUUACUAAAAGCAAGAGAAAGGGGGACUAAGAUACUGACAUUGGCGAAGGUGAUUGAAAUGAACGAAACGUCCAUAGCCCCACUGGCGGAUGUUGAUGAGAUCGUUCUAGCCCUAGAGUACCUUCAUUGCACGAGGUCUGUGAUAUAUUUUCGGGAAUUUGAUUACGUCAUCAACGACCCACAGUGGCUUGCCGAUUUUUUCUGCCUCCUGAUUACCGACGAUCAGUUUCUCCCAAAAGGUGAUAUCGUGCUGUCUCGAGACUUAGAGCUGUAUAAGGCAAAAGGCGAGUUGACUCUGAAGCUGAUAGAUGACCUCCUCAGGCUAGAAACAGGUAAGGCUUUCAUGCCCCAUAAGCAAAUUCUCCUGGCUCUGAUGGAAAAAUUUGGACUGAUAGUACGGAUAUUGAUUUCGGAGACUAAUACAACAAUUGCACAAUUCAGUGAGACGUAUUCCAUUCCCAGUAAACUUAUGGAGCUACAAAACAUCGAUGAUGUUAUCAAAGACGUCAAUGACCUCAAGUUGAAGAAUCUUGCUGUCUCAAAAACUUUAUGUCUCAUAUUCCGUGAUAUCUUUGUACCUGAGGAGCUGUUUCACAGAGUAUUUGCCACAAUCAUGAAGACUUACAGAGCAGCAUCACUAUCAGAAAGACACGUAGAAGACAAACUCGAGAGAAACCCGCCAACGACAAAACAUACGACAUGUCUUUACAGGGGAUUUGGCUGUUUCGAGGUAAACGAUCUCUGCAGGAUGAUCGUGUCGAUGCACUGGGAGCGGUCUACAAUUGCUGUGACAUUGUUCAGUCCUUCAGAACUCAAACUUCCUCCAAACUCUGGGCAACUUGUUAGAUCCACUCUGGAGCGGAUCUUACAGGAGACUCUGCAGAUGAGUAGCCAGCAACACUUGCAGUACACAAACAAUCUGCACUGUAACUUCCAUCUUAGUCCGUAUGACACUCCUGUAGAGCUAUUCAGCGUCAUUCACGCAGAGGGAGGCAUGUCCUGUAAAGGUGAGGAAUGUCGAGGAAAACACCGACUGGAGAAAUCGGACCUGUUGUUUUGGGGCAUAACAAAGGUUACCGUACAUUUACAUGGAUUAGGAUCCAGUGACGAGGCAACCUGUCUUGAUAGAAGGCCGACGCCCCAAGAGCUUGGUCGUCUGUCGUACAGGAUCAAGGAAUCCGAAUGUGAGCAACUGUUCAUCGAGCUUGGCCUGUCCCUACCAGAGAUCUCGAACAUAGAGCACCAGGCAAGGAGUCUGGCAGUUGUCACUCAGAUAACCAGGAUGUUUCUGAAGUGGACAUACGCCUACCCGAAUCAAACGUUUCGUAACAUCGAAAUGGCCAUGUCAAAAGUCGACAUUGCUACGGACACUCUCGGCGAGGCCGUAGAGACUGGUUGGGAAUGUGUCAUUCUAGAUGGCAUGGAAUCUAACGAGGAGGGACUCGACAGACCACUGAUCGUCAGUGAAAUAGGGGGCGUUGUAGACAACAUAGGCAAGGAUUACUUCAACCUGUUUCUGGAGCUUUAACUUAACCGAGUUGUAGUCGUACCAUGCUUUUGAAAGGAUAUCGUGACUAACUUAGAUAGAACAUUUUGUAUUGUUGGAUUAAUAAUAUCAAUACUAUGACGAGUGUUUCACUUUCCUAUUCAUUAGUAUAUAUGCUGAAUUAACAUGAACAAUAUAAUUUAGCAUGACAGUUAAACAAGCAAUGCUGGUUAUUGGGUUGACAUAAAUGAACAUUUAAUCAUGAUUAGAAACGUCAUUUUUUUGCAUGAGUUUAUCUUUCUUUUCUCAUGCUUGACAAAACGAAUUGAUGAAUAAAGACGUUUCCAAUGAAAUUGUGUUGUAUUUUACAGCUUCUAUGAAAGAUAGUUGCUAUUGGUGAAAUUAAAGUGCUCGACUUAAAAGGAUAUUAACUAUGAUAAAUUAUCACAAAAAGUCAAAAAAGUUGCUCUAAAUUAGUAUUUUAAAGAAGAAACCAACGGAUUUGCAGUCUAUCUUCAUCCCCAGAGAAAUAGACUAAUUCUUCAACAUCAGAAGAUUAUCUUAACCUGUUUCAAACACCCGUAAUGUUUCAUUUUCUUGUAUCGUAUGCUAAAACAAAAAUAUGGUUGCUUGUUUUUUAAUUUUUUAUAUGAGUGUUUUACAAACUAACGAAUUUGCUUUAUAUUGUAAAUUUGAAAGGAAGACGGAAAUUUGUCAAUUUCGUUUUGGUGUGAAUAUGUAACCAACAACUGAAAUGAUUUAUAAAAUGUUUAUGUAACUCUGUAAACCACCUGUUUGUAAUAUUGUAUAUGUGU